CCACCUUAUCCCAACAUCUGGGACCCGGAAGUGGCCGAGACUUCCCUCGAGUGGAGUCCAGCCAGUUUGGCUGAGGAGUGACAACUAUGGAGGCGUCGUCCCAAAAACAAGAAGAAGGCAAAAAAGAGCAACACUCGGCCUUUGUCAAGCUGACCUCCGCUCUUUUUUACGCCGCGAGUUCGCUUCUCAUCACAGUGGUAAACAAAAGUGUUCUGACGAGCUUCAGGUUUCCGUCCUAUAUGUGCCUAGGGGUGGGCCAGAUGCUCACCACCCUUGCUGUUCUCCAAGUGGCAAAAAUGAGCAAAAAGGUGCACUUUCAAGAUUUUGACAGUGGCAUUUUCUGGAAAGUUUUCCCUCUUCCUUUGCUGUACAUGGGGAAUCACAUCACAGGACUGGCCAGCACCAAAAAGCUCAGCUUACCCAUGUUUACAGUCUUGCGGAAAUUCACCAUACUGAUCACAAUGACCAUGGAAGUGUACUUAUUAAGAAAAACAUUUCCCAGAAGACUUGUGUACAGCGUUGUGACCAUCGUCUUUGGUGCCGUCAUUGCUGCUAGUUCGGAUCUAGCCUUCGAUGUGGAAGCUUACGCCUUCAUCUUGCUUAAUGAUGUCUUCACUGCAGCCAGCAAUGUUUACACCAAGAUGAGAAUUGGCACAGAGGGCCUUGGGAAAUAUGGCGUCUUGUUUUACAAUGCACUCAUUAUUGUGGUGCCCACACUCUUGGCAAGUGCAUUCACUGGAGACUUACAUCAGGCGGUCACAUUUGAAGACUGGGUUGACGCCACCUUUGUUUUCUGCUUCCUGCUAUCCUGCAUCAUGGGGUUCGUGCUAAUGUAUUCCAUCGUCCUAUGCAGUUAUUAUAACUCAGCGCUCACCACCACAGUCGUGGGUGCAGUCAAGAAUGUUGCAGUGGCCUUUAUCGGCAUGUUUGUGGGCGGGGACUACCUCUUCUCUUGGAAUAACUUCCUGGGCCUCAGUAUUUGUCUGGCUGGUGGACUUGCUUAUUCGUAUCUAACAUUUAACACCCAAACAUCACAGCGAACCAAUGAAGCAUCAGAUCUGAAGAUUCUCACUGCAGAAGAGCCAUCACUCAAAACAACUGUUCACUAAUAUAUACUAUCAUGUUAGGUCAACACUUGGUGGUGCUGUUUUGCUCCAUAUUGGAGUGUCAAGACGAUUUAAUAAAAAUACAAAUGUUGCAGAAGGGAGGAAAAACAAUACAGAAUGUAUGGAUCAGGUUGUGUGAAUGUUUAUUGAAAACCAGCAAGGUUAUAAUAAAAUGGACAGUUUGUUAAAGAAACUUUACCAUACAAACCAAGUAAAAGUCACUCUAUACAUGUAUGAAGAUGUUAGAAUGUGAGAGAAGUGAUUCUAGAAUUAUUUGUCCAAGCUUUUGGUAAGUUAUGCACAAUCCGUAUUAUUCUAACAAUCUGUAUAUAUUAAAUGCCAUCAUUUUCACACACCACACUCACUCCAAAAAAUAAAGAAAAAACAAGCCUAUGGGUUAGAAGAAAGGAUUCAGAAUAUACUAUACUCAAAAUACUUUUGGUGUCUUGAUUCUAAUCUAAUUUCCAGUUUAACAUUUUGUGAUGUUUGGGAAUCCAAAAACUGCAAUCAUGAUUGGUUUCUAGUGCACAAUUUUCUCUGAAAAUAAAACAAAACUGAAAUAGGGUUAUUAGGGAGCGUGAUACAAUGUUCUCAUGUAGUGUAGCUUUAAAGACAAAUUAAAAAAAACAGCACAACUAACAAAAAUCUAUAACAAACUGGAGCCUUUUUCCUGGACAGCAUGUGUAUUUAGGGCAUUGCAAGCCUUAUUUCAAGAUUAUUCUUUAAAAAUAAACCCAAGUGCUUCCUUUAAAUACUGACCAAAAGGUUAUAAAAAGGCAAACUUUGAGACCAGAAUAACUGUCAAUCCGCUUAUUUGGAAAAUAAAUGCCACAAGCCUCUUUACUAAUAUAACCCCACCCUCCAAUAUUAUGUCUCAGCUUUGUUUCCACCAAGGAGUAUAGUAUAGUCAAUAUAAUCUCUUGACUUGUUCUCAUCACUAAGUGGGCAGCUAUGAAUAUCUCAAAACCAAAUCGACAAGCGGCACUAUUGGUACCAUACCGCUGCCUUUCGUAUCCCACUGUAAAGCCCAGUGAUGUAACUUGGCUACAUUUUAUUGUUUCUAUUUGUAAGGAUCCAAAUGUAUUCAACACCCUGUGUGAAGUUUGGAGACACUUUCUUUUAAAACUGUAUUCCAGUUUAACACCAAAGACAGGCUUCUACUGCACCUUUGUGUUGAAAGUAUUUGUAGCUGUCCGACUUGUGCUGCAAUUUUACAGAAUCUGUGUCAAAAAGGCUGCGGUUUACCUAAUACAAACUAUACUGUAAACUAACUGCUCUGUCGAAACAAAGCUAAAGUGUGGCAGCCCAAAUAUUUUGCACUUAACUGUACUGCUGGGUGGAAAAGGGUCUUAAGUGCAUGUGGUCCAAUGUUGUGAGAAGUGAAUUUGGGCUUGCAAUGAUCACCUGUCCUUCUCACAGAAAAGAAACAUGACCCACGUCCAACUAUAAAAAAAAAGUAUCUUAUAAAAAUGCCACCAUCUCUUUGCUAGUGCAGGUAAAAGCCAAUUUUCGCCUUUGUUUUACACCAGGGGUCUCAAACUCGCGGCCUACGGGCCAAUUGCGGCACCCUAAACAAUAUUUUUUACAUACACAUGUCGCUCUGACAAAAUAAAUCAAAGUGACGCGGAGGGAUAAAAAAAAAGAAAGGAACUCCUGCAAUAACAGCCCCCGAUAACCCGGACGGAUUAUAGGGUCACCAUUAUUUGUGGGUCUUUUUUUAUUUGCAUCACACUAAUUGCCUUGCCUCACACGAUGAACACUACGUAUAUUUCUAUUUGACGUAAUUUGUUUUGUUUCUUUGACUACAUUUACCACAACAGCAUUCUGUCAUUUCUGUUUCUUUUUCCUGUAACAAGAGCACAGCAGAGAACACUCCAGGAGCAGUUGUCUUUUUGCACUCAAUAUCCCGGUAAUUUGUACCAUCUACAAAUGUCAUGGUGUUCAUGUCAUCUUGAAAGACAUGAACAUCAAGCGCAAAAACAAAGGAGGCUGUUACCAGACUAUUAUUUGCCGACCGCUGUGCUGCGAUUACAGGGAAAAAAAGCUGAAAUGACGCACAUGGCAGAAAUUAAAUUCUUUGUGAAUUGAGACGCUCUCCAUACGUCAGCUAAACACGACCGUAACACCAAGUGGAAUUAAAAUAUACUUCACAGCCCAAAACAUAUAUUUAUUUAUUUCCUUGUUAAUUUUUAAUUUGUUCAUGUAUUUUUCAUCUUAUUUU